UGCCAACACAUCCACAGCUUUUGGAGUUAGGACUCCAUAAGAAGUUGUAGUCAGAGCAGUUGGGUUUUGUUUUUGUAAAGCUCGUAUUAGACACUUCAUCUGAUCUGUGGCUAUGGGACCAUAUGUUGGAGUGGGUGUAAUUCUUACGGUGAUCUUGACCAACUUUAAGUGUGCUGGCAAUGUAGAUGUGUUUGACACUAAAUGUCAGGACGAUCAUCUGAGGAUCUUUGUGCCCAUGUCUGGUGAUGUUGAACCUUGCUUCAAAAGCAAUAGGAGCUAAUGGGCAGUUUCCAAUCACCACGGAUGGUGGGGCUCAGUGUGGCUACUCGUAUAGUGUUUACCCAAUGCUAGCACAUGCGGUCCUUCAAGCCUCUUACUUCUCCUGCUACACUCAAAAUGAGGACGACCUGAUCUUUACCUUCAACUUCCACCUUAUCAUGAUUGAUAAUGAUGAGGAGGUUGUUCAUAACAUCACAAAGACAUGUUCUCCUUCUCAUAUUUGGUCUCACCGAGAGGUUACCUGUGAAAAGAACUACAUGGAGGUAUCUGUACAGACUGACUUGCCGUGUCCUCACACUCACACCCUCACAGAUGUUGAGUUGGCGUCUGCCCUUCCUAUGGCCCAAGAGGCUGCCACAUCAGCCUGGCAAAUCAUGUUCUUGAGGCAGGGGGAGGAACCUGUUGUCAUGUCUGUACAUGAGGCUGAGGACCUGGGAUACUUUCUUGCUGUUACCCCGGGCCGGGUCGUUUUCCGAACUGCAUAUGGGCAGCAGCACUCUACAAUUGGCAUGGUGAGUGGGCUUGCUGUUGAAGUGAUCCGUCCAGCUGUGUUUCUGCGACAGAGGUUGACUACCAUGAUGGUGGACCUGGUUGCAGCAUGUACACUGGAUGAUCAUGAAUUUCAUGAGGGUGCCCUCAUAUGGAAGACUCCUACUGUGAUGGUUCCCCUGGUGUCUGACCUCUCUGGAUUUAGAAGCAAACAGGUUGACUUUGAUGUGAAUGGUAAGCGCUUGGACCCCCAAAUGAUUGAAGAAAGGGGCUACACUGUUGAUGUUGGCCCAGAAAUUGUAGAGGUCUCUAUCCCAUAUGCUGCUGAGGGAGGAACCAGGAAGACUUUUGUGAUGGACAACACAUACCAUGAAUUCUAUUCUGUGACUCUCCAUUAUGAGCAUAUCUUCACAACGGAUAAUGGUACCCUUGAAAACCGACUCUGCCAGCAUACAUAUAUGGCUACUCCGGUCCUGUGCCAUACGCUUUUCACAAUCGAUCUAACUGUUCUUGAGGAUCGAGUCUUCACUGUGUAUGUGGGCAACUUCCCCUUUGAUGUGGAACUGGUUUCUGUGAGUCUCAACGGAAUGGUCAUGACUGUGCCAGAUGCUACACAGAAUGGGUAUCAGGUUUCCAAGGUGCCCCAUGACAACGAUACCUAUGCUUACACUGUUCUCGUCCCAUUUGAAGACCCCAUAGUCUCUAAACUGUAUUUUGUGGAAGGAGUCCGAGAGUACUCUCUGAACAUCAACUACACACUUUGCAUCUGGCCUCAGGAGGAGUACUACUUCUACUUGGCCACUGUAGUUGCUCAAAUCAUGGAUGUCUACCCACCAUAUUUCAAUGGCCUCUGUAUGGAAGAUGGCAUCAAGUUCAGGAUUGACCACCAGGAAUUUGACCAUCUGUGGGAAGCUGGUGUUGGUCCGUUUCCCCUCACCCAGGAGCUGGCUGAUACUCGUGGAUACAUCAUGACCAAUGACAACCAGAGUCUGACCCUGGAUGUUCCCCUCUUCACACUUGGUUACAUGUAUGAGGCUGUGUCUCUGGAGCAGUUUUUGGCCACAUUUGAAAUCCUCAUCAGGGAUGCCAAGUCUCUGGAAGUUGUUCAAUCUUCUGCGAAGACCUGCCAAUUCGCCACUACCGCGCUCCUAGUAUGUUCCCCUGAUGGCAUCAUGACCGUGGUGUGUGACCUCAGUAAAGCUAAGCCUGAUGCUUUUCCAUCCCAAACUUCUCUGCUGGAUAAGACCUGCAAACCCAAGGAAGUUGACGAGACAAGGGUUCUGUAUGAAUUUGCACUGAACAGCUGUGGAACAAGGGUCCAGAUCACUAAAGAUGAUGUGAUCUAUGAGAAUGAGAUCACAUUUGAGGAGAGUUUCACCCCUGAAGAGAAACCAGUCAUUACUAGAGAUUCACCAUACAGAGUGAUUGUAAGGUGCAUCUAUCCAAUUUAUGCGAUUGACCAACUGUUUGGUGAGCGGACGUUCCAAUCUCAGACCCCUGGCUUGGGUACACUUCAGAUCGAGAAGCCACUGCUCGAGAAGCCACUGCUCGAGAAGCCACUGCUCGAGAUACCGCUGGUCAAGAAACCACUGAUCGAGAAGCCACUGAUCAAGAAACCACUGAUCGAGAUGCCACUGAAGACUCCCGUCACUGUGCCACCCAAAGUGGAGACCACCACGACAACCCCAACUGCCCUAACUUCUCUUGCCACGAAGAGCCCCAGCACCCAGAGGCCGGCUAAAUAUGUGCAAGUGUUCAGCUGGAGCUAUGGAGCUGAGCGUAAAACGGUUGUGCAGCCGUCGAAGUUUAAAGGAACAUUUUAUUUGGCUUAAAUAAACAAGUUUUCCUUA